AUGUUUUAUAAACCGAAAAACUUGAGAGAAAAAGUCGGAAAGGGAUCCGUCGGAAAGGUGGCCGUCGGAAAGUUCCCUAGCGAUAUGAAAAAAUCGGAAAAGUCGCCGUUUGAAUUUUCGCUGGUGGUUUUUUCAUACCACCAUAUCUUAUGCCGUGUUCAAAGUAAUUUCCGCGAAAUGCAAAAUGGUCUCUGACCCUCCAAAAUUUAGUUAUCUUUCUCUUUCUCUGACGGCUAUUUUGAAUUUCGCGGAAUCACUUUGAACACGGCAUUAAUCAGAAAUAAUGUUUUAUUAAAGGCGCACGCAAGGGGGAACACCGAUAGCAUCGAAGCGAAGCGCCGAAAGGGGUUCUCUAGCUCCGAGGAGAAUUAAAAUCGUGACAAGCUGGCGCGGAAUGACCUAUACCGAUUGAGAGUUUGAACCUUAGCCUUUUAUUGGAACUAGUUAACUCGGCCGAUGUCUGGAUACCACGCAACUUUGAAAAACUAUUUUAAAAGGGUGAUUUGAAGGAAGGUUGGUCAACUAAAACGUUUCAUAAUCUCUUUUUGUUUCUAUUUCAGAACUAAUGAACGAACUCAAACUCGGAAAGCGCUCUGUGUUAGAGUUUUUCGGCCAGUUAAAGCCGACUGGAAAAAGUCAGUUCAUUUUUCGUUUAUCGAAACAUUUCUAAAGUUUUCAGAUUUGAAAAAAGUUCGCGAGUCACAAAGUCCAACGUAA